ACUAGCGAGUAGCGACAGCCUACACUACACAUACACAAUAACACAUCACUUACACACAAACGCAAGAAAUAUAUAGUGUUGAAAGUAUUCAAUUAUUCGUAUUGUAUCUGUACUUAAUAUUAGUAUUAGGAAAACUGCAUAUUCCAAUACUAAUAACCACCCAAGAAGUUAGUAUUACUUUACACUACUCAUAAUAGUAAAUUAAGUGCGCAAUGAAAUUAAUGUGAAGUUGCUUUUAAUGUGGAAUUGAAAUGUGUCAUCCUUGAUUUACCUCUAUAACGCAGGUUAUCAUCUGAUCCAUGAUAUUCCCAUUGCUGGUGUUUCAAGAUUUCCUGGAAUUGAAAAGUGGCCAAUCGUAGUUAUUUACAAACUAACAUGAUUGUAAGUUAAAUAAAAAAGUAUGAAGGCAAUGAAGAAAUGAGUUGUUGAGUGGUUGACAUGUGCACAGGUAAAUAGAGGACAAAGUUUUCGGUUUGAACAUAUUGUACCAUAAAAAUGAAUAACAAUGAUGUAGAUGACCAUUUGGAAAUGCGCCUGUUGGAUGAAGACCUCCGUGAUGAAGAGACUGAAGUUGUGCAGAGGACUAACAAAUGCAGCUCUUACCCCUAUCUCGGCCUAAUGCUUGCCUGUAUAUCGUCUUUAUUCUUUUCUCUUUGUUCUGUAAUAGUAAAAUGGCUGACGAAUGUUCAUCCUAUGGAACUUGCUGCUUGCAGAUUCGUGGGUGUCCUUUUACCAGCAAUACCGAUUGUAAUCUGGAGGAACGAGAACCCUUAUCCAUCCGGUAAACGUUUAAUGCUUCUUCUCAGAUCCUUUGUCGGCACAACAGGACUUAUGCUUAGCUUUUAUGCUUUUAGACAUAUGCCUCUUGCAGAUUCUUCUGUUAUAGUUUUUAGUGUUCCAGUCUUUGUUGCUAUCUUCGCCCGCAUAUUUCUUAAAGAGCCUUGUGGUCUUUUUAAUGUGGUUACCAUUCUUUUGACCUUGAUAGGAGUCAUACUGAUUACUCGUCCACCGUUCAUGUUUGGAGCUCAUAUACCGUCUUUGGCCUCUGAGGAACCUCCUACUGUCACUACCGAUCUCUGGGCAGCUGUCGCCGCUUUCUCAGCUACACUCUUUGGCGCCAACGUUUAUGUUCUCCUUCGAGCUCUCAAAGGACUACAUUUCUCAGUAAUCAUGGCUAAUUUCGGUGCCUUCGCCCUUAUCCAGACUGUAGGUGUCACAUGGGUGCUAGGGGCGUUGUGCUGGCCCCAAUGUGGUAUGGAAAGAGUUCUAGUCGUGGCCUUAGCUUUAUUUAGUUUCGGUGGACAGAUACUUCUGACUAUGUCUCUCCAAUUAGAGCAAGCAGGGCCAGUUGCUAUCGCAAGAUCUGCUGAUAUAGUAUUUGCUUUUAUUUGGCAGGUGCUCUUUUUCCAAGAAAUCCCAAACGUCUACAGCUUGGCAGGAGCUUUUCUAGUCACCAGCUCAGUGAUGUUGACUGGGCUGAGGAAAUGGGUGAUAUCAUUACCUGAGAACUCCCCACUCAAGAGGAAGCUUGCAAUCUUUUUGAAGUAAAAUCUACCUACAAACAUUUUCCUCUAGAAUUUUGGCACUUUUAGUGUAUAGAUUUAAUCAUUCAAGAACAAAAGAAAAAUAAACAAAACAAUACAAACAUACUUUUGCAGGGCUUUCAUAGCUAAGUGGAUCUACCUUUAGGAGGAAUUUAGCUACUUUAACUUAUCAACUAUGAAUAUCUGAAUUUUUGGUAAUGGUACGCUUAUAAAUAUGACUUAUUAUAAAUUAAGUUAGGCCUACUCAUAUUUAGUAUUUUUUUGUAGAUCUAUCUAAAAACCCUAUUCAACAAUAGGGUUUUUAUUUUUAUGUUAAUUUGUUUACUUAUGAUAUUUUGGUUUGUAUAUUCAAACUGAAAUUAUUGUUUGAAUGUUUUUAGUCUUAAGCUUAACCCAAAAAGACAAAACCCCUUUAACGAUGUUUUAAUGUGUCUUAUUAUUUUCUCACUAAUUUAUUACGGGGUAAAGUUACAGCACUACAGUAUUGAAGAAAGUGUAUUGGCCGAAGACUGUACUUUGCCUAAUGAGAAUUCAACUUAGAAAAGAACAUUUAAUCUUAUAAAAAAUGACUUCCAAUACACAACCUUCCCUAUACCCCACCCCUUUUUGUAGUCGCCUAUUAUUAUUCCUAUGUUCACUUCAUACAGAUGAGCUUGAUGUGUGAUAACUUGUUUUUCGAUUCACUAGGUUAACUUAUCCUCUCUAUGAGAAUAUUUUUGCAAACUAUGUAAUAGUAAACAUUAAGUUAACUCUUAUAAUAAACAAAACACACUUUCACUACUGGUACUGGUUAUAUUCCCAAAAAGAGGUGGGAUGAGGUCUAUAGACACUUCAAUCACAAGGGCUUUUUGUUUUGCCCAAGCAUCCUAGAAACCGCUAAGUUGUUGGAGUCCGGUAAUCUACAAACUACUGGCAAGCUCCUCCAUCCCUUGUAAGAAUUUCGUACACUCAUAUUUGGGGGCCCUUAAUCCAGCCAGUAACGUGGAGAAAAAUAUGGUAGAAGGCCUUCCAUAUCUCUUCUUCUAGGGAAUAUAUUUUAAACUUCAAAACUAUUCCCAGCCAAAUUUUGUUAAAAAGAGGUUGUUUUAUAGACACAACCCAAAUAACCAGUACCGAGAGACACUGUUUAAGGGUUGAACAAGCUCAUAAGUUGGUGUACCUUUCACUUCAUUGCCGAUCAGCUGAUAUGCAUUGUUGAAUUUUUACCUAGCCUAUAUGGUUUGUUAUUUAUUGUUAUUUAGGAUUAUUAUUAUUAUUAUUAUAUAGGAUUAUUUGUUAUUUGUUAUUUAGGAAUUUAUUGUGAAUAGGACUGAACGUUGUGUUUUUGCAAGCUCAAAAAGUAUGUAUUGAAGGUCUACGUUUUUUUCAACAGAUCUGGUUUUCUUAAAUCUAUAAUUAGUUUAUUUAUCAGAUACUGGAACCACACCUGGUAACAUAAUUUCAAACCUUUCUUGGCUUAAACUAACAAUUUACUUUUAAUGCAUUCUUCUGUUAUACCUAAUCACUGAGCUUGUGAAAAUUUCCUUGUUAAUGCUCACUAUCAGUAAAUUUCCAAUAAGAAUACCUUUUAGACUACUAUGUGAAAAUGCAUUUCAGCUGAGCUCAUAAUUUGGUACUGUAUCGGUUUCAUUUUAGCUAUUUUGUCCUUAUACUAUGUCUUUCGGUAGCCUACUUGUAAUUUAGGUUGCAUUAAAAAACAUCCUGAAUAUACUGAUACUGCAUAAUAUUUGCUGUUUUGUACAAUAUCUUUAUACUAUAGUUUUUGAAUUGUACAAUAUCACAAUUGCUUAUGAAGGGGAGGGUCUCAAAGGUAUAGUGAAUGAUUUUUGUCAGGGCUCCCAAUAUAUUUCAGUUCCAAUACCUUAACCUAUGGAUAUCAAGCACUGUGUUUAGUUAUUGUAUACAUACUUUCAUUGACAUAGUAUGAAACAAGAUCCUUAUUUCAAGGAUAAGUUAACCUAAUGAAUGCUAAUACAGUAGAACCUGAAUAAUAGGUCUCUCAUCGGGAUGAUAAAAUAAGACGUGUUAUCAGAGUUGAAUUCUUAUCUAGGUUUGUAGUAUCGUGUAAUUAAAGGUAAUACAAAAUCAAUUAUAUUUAAACGUGACAGUUACUGCCAAGGGUCUUCUUAUCAAGGUUCAACAGCAGGAAACGAUUUCAUCUAAAAAUAAUACGGAAAUAAAACGUUAAUAAUUAACAAAUUUAUCUGGUAACAAGUGAAUGUGUUAAGAUUGUGCUUGUUUUUUUACCUGUUUUAUUUGUAUUGAGUAUUGACUUUUUUUUCUUCUGUACUCAAAUCAGUUACCAAUUUAAUGAUGGGUUGGAUCCUUGAUGGUUAACAAAUAAAGGUUUAUAUCACCUGUGUUAGUGUCGGAACAAUUCGUUGUGCUUCGCACCAUUUUCCGCUGCAUAAAACAGUUGUAGUUGAUAUAUACUACGAUGGAUUGACUCAACAGUAACAAAGGUAACAUAAACCUUUAUGUCUCGAAAUAUUUAUUCUAAUUAUACUGUGAAAGACUACUUUUACUUUUAUGUUCCUAUCUUAAGCUAGUCAGAUUCAAAUUUAAAAUUUGAUAUUAAUUAAUUCUAUGUAGUUGCGUAGAAUGACAUAAACAGUGUUUUAAUGUAUAUCUUUCAUUGUUUUACCAAAGUUUUGUUAGUUUAUUGUUUUAUUUGUUAUUUUGUUAUUGCUAUAUUUAUUUCAGAAUUUUUAUCAGUAUCAAGUUGAAUGUACUGAAUAUUUCCAUUCAUGUUUAAUCUAGAAACUGUUAAUUAGCCUGAUACUUUUAAAAAGUAUAAUAAGCUAAAUAAACACAAUUUAAAAAGUUUUGCACAAGAGUUUUACCUCAGUUUUUGGUUGGAUAAAGAAAGCCCAGUGUUCUACAACAGUGCAAGAGUUGGUGAAUUUUUAAAAGUCGUUUUAAACUUGACAAUUGUUUUAACAUAGAAUAUAAUAUUUAUCCUUUGUGUUUAGUCAGUAAAUGUGAUAACCCUAUACCAUUCACAAUAAGACUAUUAUUUACUUAGAUGACAAACUUUUCUUUAAAGUCUUCUCUUGGUUUAUCUAAACUUAUUAACUUAACCUGUAUGCUGAUUAAUUUUCAUUAGAAUCAAAAUCCAGCAAAAGAAAUGUGAUUUAUAAUAACUGUUUGUUUCCUCCCAAGCUGUUUCCAUCAACCACAGCUUGCUGCUAGCCAUGAUGAGGUUUUCAAAUUUGGCCCACAAGUUUUGCUAUGUCUCCAUUUCUAUUUGUUUGGUAGGAGUCCAAAGGCGAGAGUGGGAGGUGAUUUUUCAUCAUCAACAGAAAAAACUAUUGUGUACCGCAUGGCAGUGCCAGUCUAGUUAAACCUCUUCUACUUACAGGGGAAGGAGUUGAAGCACUGCCAGCUAUUCUCGUAAACUGACAAUGCCACAUUACUACUCACCAGGCAAACGUUUCUUAAUGCAAACUCCAUCCAGACUUGUUUAUUCAUACUUGAUCCUACUUGGCAUCUGCUUCAACACAAGCAAAUAUUCUAUACUGAAACUUCCUGCCAGCAAAGUUCUGUGUUUUCCGCCACUUUGUGGUACUCCACUCAUUGAUCAACAUACUGCCAUAGUCCUUGGUGUACAUUUUGAUUGUAGACUUUCAAUUGCAGGGCAAAUCAGUAUUUAUUUUUCAAAGAGCCAUUUCCCGUGUCGAGGAUGCUGAACAGUCACCAUCCCUUGUUCCUCUUAUCUUUAAGCUUUGUCUUAUGCAGGUCAAUAUUGCCUCCCACUUUAUGACAAUGUCGUUAAUAAGGGAGAUAUGCAAAGAAUACAGUGGGUGCAAAACGUGUGAUUCAUUUGCGGACUGAGGAAAUUUGAACAUAUUUCUCAUGACCAGUGGUCCCUUGGACUGUUGUCCAUUGCUGACAUAUAGUCAUAGUCAUAGUCAAAUUUAUUUAUUUAUUUAUCUUGUAUAUACAUACGUAAAUAGUGUCACAAUAAGGUAAAAUAAUGAUAAUCUUAUGGUAAACUACAUCAAAGCUCUCUCAAAGCUAUUUAAAAAUUAAUUGAAAUAAUCCACAACUUACUAGAUUUAACUUUCUGAAAAAAAUAACAAUACUUAAACAUUUUACAUGCUAAGUUAAAUUACAUGAAGACAUAAAGUAUAUACAUUUACAUAUACUCGUAUACCUCUGAGCAUCUCAAAGAAUCAACUAGAAACAAAAAAUUCUUCCUUUGAAUAACAGCUUUUUUUAACAAAUAAUUUUUAACCAGAUGCUUUAAGUUAUGGUUAUUAAUUUUGCUUUUUAAUUAAAAAAACUAAGCCUAUGCUGGGUUAAGUUUAAAUUAUUCUUAUGUCUAGUAUUAUGAGAAUGAAUACUACUGCGCUGAUCUAAUUCAUUAUAUUUAUUUCUAACACACAUUAGGAUAUACAUUCAAGGAAUUAUUGGUCAUAAACUGUCAAAAUAUUAAGCUCGGAAAAUUUAUUUUUUACUGAUAUUUCGUCUUCUAGAUUUAAUAUAAUUCUCAAAGCUUCCUUCUGAAAUAUCAAGAUUGUAUCUAAGUUGCCUUUACUUGUACCACCAUAAACAACUACACUAUAAGAUAUGUGAGAGUGGAUAUGUGCGAAAUAAAUAGUUUUUAAAGUGUCAAGAUUACAUAACAAAGACAUUUUUCUAAGAACAUAUAUACCCGUUGCAAUUUUGUUAGCCAAUUUUAGUGUAUGUUGGUCCCAACUAAGAUUAUUGUCAACUUCAACUCCUAAAAAUCUGAAUUGAUUCUAUUUUACUUCCCCCCACUAAAAUAUCUAUUUCUCGAGCAUUUUUUUUUUUUCUAGAAAAUAUAAUUUGAUUAGUUUUAUUACUGUUAAGAAAUAAAUUGUUUUGUAUAAACAAUUUUUAAUAAUUUUUUAUUGCUCUUGACACGUUUUUUCAAGGUCAAGGUAAGAUUUAGCAGUGGUUAUCAAGUUUGCAUCAUCAGCAUAUAGUACUAACGGACUUUCUGUUCCUGAAAUAUUUUUUUUUAAUUGAAGGCAUUCCUUGGACAUAACACAGAAAUAAUAAAGGCUCCCAGAACGGAGCCUUAAAGAACUCCAUGUUUAAUAGUUAAAUUUUCUGAUCUAUAACUGGUUAGUGUAUUUUUUUUUUUUACAUUAUUUCUACAUAGGCCUAUUGCAUUCUUUCUGAAAGAUAUGACCUAAACCAAUUUAAAGUAGUGUUAAAAAUACCUAAAGCUUUUAAUUUAUGUAAAAGAACUUCGUGAGAUAUGCUAUCGAAUGCUUUUGAUAAAUCCAUAAAAAUACCAACUACGUUAUUUCCUUUGUCAACAGCAUCAACAACAGUUUCUGAAAAAUUUAAAAGAGCAGUAGUAGUAGAUUUACCCUUACGAAAACCAUGCUGUUGAUCGUCAAAUAUAUUAGUAUUAUGAAGAUGAUCAACCAAUUAGGUUCGCCUCAAUAAAGAAGCAUUUUCAUUUAAUUUCAUUUCAUUUCAACCAAUCGAUCAUACAUUACACGUUUGUAUAUCUUUGAUAUAGAUGGGAAAACUGAUACAGGGCGAUAAUUACCGAUUUUAAUCCCUUUCACCUUUUUUGUAAAUGGGCAUUAUACUCUAGAUAUUUUUAAGCAGUCAAGGAAAAUACCGGUUAUUAAUGAACUGUUUAUUAAAAUGCACAAGUGGUUUUAACAGUGAUUUCCCUAUGAAUUUUAUUAGUUUUAAGGGUACUUCGUCAUGACCACUAGAUGACACUGAUUUAUUUAUGAGUUGGUCGUAAAAAGUUUUCUUUGCCUUGAUCAUCUACUUUUAUAAUUUGCAUUUAAGAGUUUACAAUGAUUCAUCAUUUCUACAUUACCAGACAGUUUUGCUUGUUUUGUAAGCUCAACAAUAUCUUUUUGUUCUGUUAAUAAAUCCUGGUUUAUCCAAUUAAAUUUACUUUUAUUCAAAUAUUUUUUCACCCUCUUUUUAGGAAACACUAAAUCAAAGUUAUAUUGGAAAAUACUAUUAAACAAUUUAAACUUAUCUCCUACUUUAGCCAUGUAUACAGAGAUCCAAUUCUCUUGGGAUAAGAUAUUAUUAAAAACAUUCAUAUUAUUUACAGAAAAAAACUCUUUGUUCAAUGUGUGUCUUUGAAACCUCUUGUCUCUUUAGGGCAGGAAGUCCUAACAGAGCGUCGUCAUGGAAAUUUGAGAGAUGGACUGAGAAGCCAGUCUGAGUUGCGGUCCUUUCAAAUAGACAGAAUGUGACAUGCUGGAGAUGUUUUCAUAUUGGGCUGCUUAACUCUUCAACCAAUUUCUUCCCUGCUGUUCUUUCAUCUCAAAGUAUGCAGCCAGAUCAAAUUUUACAAAAUACUGAAUAAAUUGUUGCUAGAGGAAUAAGUUUGUUUAACCCUCCACUCACUUGCCGCCCGUUUCGCAAUCGUUUCACGUUAGCUUCCAGAACAAAAAAACAAAAAAUAAGAAACAUUUUAUUUUUAAUUUUUUUUCUCAUUAUUAGUAUAAUUUGAGGUUAAAAUACUGGUUGGCUUAAUGAUCUUGUAUGAUAAAUUAAACCUAGGGCAUGGAGGCGGAGCCCUAAAACGAGAGUCAAAAGGGUUUUAAAAGACUUUUUAAAUCAGUUUUAACAUUAUUGUUGUAUUAUUAAAUUGGUCAUAUUUAUUUUUUAAUUUACUUUAAGGCUGACAAAAGAUAUUAUAAUGAAAAACACUCUCAAAAUAAAGUAGAUUUUAGUUUUGUAUUUUAUACAUUGCAAAAGAAUAGUUAAUACUCAACUUAAACCGGUCUGAUGUAUAUAUAUAUAAAAUAUCUUUAAAAUUAUCUCCUGCUGAUAUACAAGUGAAUAUGUUUUAUCAGUAUGUAGUAGGACUGUCAACAAACUUAUAUAGUUGAAAUGGUAUUUAUUCUAAAUCAAUUUAAACCUCCUUUUGUUCAAAGCACAUUAAACUCAUACCUGAAAUUUGAAAUGGUGUGGAUCUAUUGUAUCUCCUGGGACCAGUAAAAUGUCACUGUUUGAAUGUAAUUAUGUUUAAGACAGUUAGUGUUAAAGUAUUAGGGUAAAAGAUGGCAGAGAUUGGGUAUUUUGCUACAGAAGCAGUCUCAAAUCAGUAUGUAAAGCUAAAGAUUAAUCAUGAAUAAGUAACGUCAGAACUCUUUUGUUUGUUGAUCUUUGUUUCUAUGCAGGGAACUGUAUUUUUUUAUUUUAUUUGACGUCACAAUGUUUUUAUUUACUCAUCAGCGUAUGAUGUAUGUAACUUUUGUUUUUGAGGUACUAAAAGAUGUGUGUAUUUUUUGUGAUGCCACGGAAUACAUUUUAGAUCUCAGAAAAUAUAUGAACAGGGUAGGGUUCAAUCCUUGUGAAGCUAUUGUUUACUUACUUUUAAUUACUUAGUCAUUUCUUGUAUUUUAAGCCAAAAAGUGAAAGAAUAAAUUGUGUUGACUUUUC